AUGUGCAUCCCGUCCUUCGCGCCUUCUCCCAGCUCCGGCCGGAGCGGCCGCAGGCCGCGGGGCCGGGUUGGAGAACACCGAGUGCCUGAGGCCGCUUUUGCGGUCCCGCGCGGUCUCCUGCGUUCCAGGAGCCCUCACCUGAUUCCCUACGCUGAGUGCGGCCCUCUGGCAGAACGGCGUCUGUGGCGAGGAGCGGGGUUCCAGCCUGCUGCGCUGACGCGGUCCCUGGUGUUUUCUGUGCUGGCCCUGGGUCGCCCUCGACGCUGCUUCCCGCCAGGAGUCUCCUUCUCACCGCAGAAAGGAGCUUCACCUGGGGCGGCCGGCGGGGAACCGAGAAGAACCCGCCGGGGAAGUGACUCCCAGGCCGCUAGACCUCGUGCGGAUUGCGUCACUUUCCUCGGUUUUCUAGACCCCAAUUUUGGGGUUGAAUCCUUGCUGUGGUUUUGUAAGAAUUAAAUGAUAAGGCGAACACCAA